UAUAGAGCAAAAAGCACCGCCCAAUUCCAAUUGGAAAUAGAGAUGGAGUUGGAUAGAAUUAGCAACUUACCAAGUGGCAUCAUCGAAAUAAUAUUGUCAUGCUUGCCAAUGAAGGACGCAGCGAGGACAAGUGUUCUAUCAAGCCAGUGGAGGUACAAAGCAGCAAUGCUUCAACAUCUUGUGUUCGAUAAUCAGUGUCGCUCAGCUCACAAUGAUACUACAUUUGCGGACAUUGUUGAUCAUGUACUUUUAGCUCACAUUGGCCCCAUACACAAGUUCAAGCUUUUUCGAGCUCAUUUAGCUAGUAAAGACAUUGAUCGAUGGAUUCUUCAUCUAUCAAGAAACUCUAUCAAAGAGUUCAUACUUCACCAUCAGCAGAAGCGAUACAAGAUUCCUUCAUGUUUGUUUUCUUGUCAAGAUAUAAUUAGUUUAGAGCUAUCCCGCUGUUUGCUACAACCUCCAUCCACUUUCAAAGGGUUCAGGAGUUUGAAGAGCUUUUACUUUGAGAAUGUUAUCUUUGCCCAAGAUGUGUUCGAACACCUGAUUAGUUGCUGUCCUUUGCUUGAGAGUCUAACUUUGGUGUACUGUGACAGUUUCAGUCAUCUCAUGAUUGAUGCACCUAAUCUCAAAUUUCUUGAUGUUAGAGGUUCCUUUAAGGAUGUUCUUCUGGUGAAUACCUCAAAUCUUGUUGAUGUCUCCAUUGGUUUGGAAGAUUUUGAAUUCUAUGUUUCCCAAAGACGGGUUUCUGACAGUUCGAGCAAUUUGGUCAAGAUUCUAAGUUGCCUGCCUCAGGUUCAGAGACUCGAUUUCUACUGUUGCUCUUUAAUGUAUCUGGCUAUUGGUGCUUUGCCAGUAAAACUGCCCAGACCAUGUCUGUAUCUGAACUGUCUUCAUAUAACUCUAAGCUUAGCUAGUUUGGAGGAGAGUUUAACUGCUCUUUGCCUUUUUAGAAGCUGCCCAGCUCUGCAAGAACUAAAUGUUCAGGUCUUCCCAGGGCAAGAGGUUGUUGGAAAAGGGAAUUCUUGGUUAGAUGACAACAGGAGAUGUUCAUUCAACCAACUGCAAUAUGUGUUCGUAAACGACAUCAGAGAUGUCAAAGCUGAAUUAGAUUUCAUCAGAUAUCUGCUUUUGAAUUCACCUGUGCUCGAGAGGAUGACUGUUCAGCCUGUUCCUGGUGUUGAGUCGUCGAAACUAGAAAAGAAGUUGCUCCGGUCCAGGAGUGCCUCAGUGCAUGCAAAGAUAAUCUUCCAGGACCAGUGAUUCAUCAUUGAAUUUCGGCUGCUAACAGGACUUGCUUGCAGAAAUGUAGGGUUGUUGAAGUCCUUGAUGAAUAUGUCUGCAUGUUUUCCACCGGCAGUACCUAUCCAAUUAUCUAGAAACUCUUCGAUCUCUUCUCUAUGUACUAGCACCUUUAUAUUCCAGUUUAUCUUUCUC